GGAAACGUUUAUCCGGCGAAUUGAGUGAAAUUCAUAUCGAAAUGUUGGAGGAAACGUUUAGUGAAUAUUUUCUGUGCAACUUCAAUGAUGCAGUGCAGCUGGAGGAUUUACCGGCUGAUGGAAGACUUCGCAAGUUGUGGACGAGCGAGGAGCUCUGGACGGUGGAGGAGCUACAAUUGAUAAUCAUACGUUGGAAGGAGAAGGGAGAGAAUCAAUUAGGGGAGACAGAGGAACUGCUAAAUGAUUUCCUGCAAUUGAUUUUCGCAUUUGUGCAGAACAAUUUCACUGGACCCUUUGACAAGCUGUCAUCCUGCACAGAAAUGUUGUCCAACUUGCAGCUGGACAACUGUGAUCCCUUGGAGCAACUUAAGGCCAGUGGAGAGGAGCUGAAUCCCAAUGUAAAAAGUGCACAAUUGUUGCUAAUAGCCAAGCAGAUUCUGGAUGCUUUAAUUGCCGCUCAUCCCACAUCGAAGCUGCUCAUCUGGUGGCGUCUGCGUUUGAUUUGCCUGCAUCAACAUAUUCUGGACGACUUGGCAGGCUCUUUGUACGAGGACUUCAAAGUGGCAGCAGCGGAUCUGAACUCCCAUCUGGAGGCAUUUGCCACAAAGGAGCUGCAGGCUCUCUUGCUACUGGAGCUGGCCAAUGGCUAUCUGCAGUUCCACCGCUCCGAUUUGGCGUGUCAGAAGUUGGAUGAGCUCUGUGCGCAUCUGCAGGUGGAACUACGGGUGGAGGGAUUGCUGGGCAUGCGCACCAAGUUCCAACAGAAGGCCUUGCCUCAACUGUGCCUCAAGGUGGUGCAGCAGCAGACUGAGGAUCAAUGUUUACCCACAGCAAAGCUGAGCAAUGCACAGACAACUUUGCCGCAGCUGCUGCUCCUGGAGGAUGACACACGCCUGGAGCGGAUACGGUUUAUAGAGCUGCAGGACAACGAGGUAAUGACGCUGCCCAGUGUGCUACAAGCGCUCGUCCUGGCCAAGGUCAAGCAGCUAAAGCGCUCGCAGCCCAAAGAUCGCCUGGCGGAUGAGCAACUGGAGCCGUACACACAGACUUUGCUCUACCAGGAGCACGGACCGUUUCAGGUGCGGCAGGCGGCUCUGCUCUUGAACUGCCACCAGGAGUCGGGUCAGCGUCGCACCGUUGAGCGCAGCUGGAAGCAGUGCGAGGAGUGCGUCAAGUUAUUGGACACCGUGGAGCGACACCCACUGCGCACACGUUUGUCCUACGGAUUUGCCGCCUUCUUGCAACCCAAGUGGCAGGUGCAGCUGCAACUUGUGGAUCUGCUGCGUUCGCUGGGCAUGACCAAGACCGCAUUGGACAUAUGCCUGCAGAUCCAUGCCUGGCAGCAGGUCAUCGAGUGCUACACCAGCCUGGAGCUGCGUCACAGGGCGGCGGAGAUUAUACGCCAAGAGCUGGAAAAGAAUCCCACCGCCUUGCUUUACUGUCUGCUCGGCGAUGCCAUCGAUGAUCCCCAGUGCUAUGAGCAGGCGUGGCAGCACUCCAAGCAGACAAGUGGCAAGGCCAAGGCUUAUUGGGGCAACUACUUCUACAGGCGGGCGGAUUACGCCCAGGCCAUAGAGCACUUCGAGAAAUCGCUGGAGAUUAAUUCUCUGCAGGAAUCGAUUCUGCUGCGUUGUGGUUACUCUGCCAUUCAGCUGGAACGCUGGGAGUUGGCUGUCAAGUGUUAUCUGGCCUACACGCACCUGGAGCCAAAUGGAUUUGAGUCGUGGAAUAAUCUGGCCAAGGCUCUGAUCAAGCUAGGAGACAAGCAGCGUGCCCAUCGCAUUCUCGGGGAAUCCCUCAAGUGCAACUAUGGCAACUGGAAGGUGUGGGAGAACUACAUGCUCGUAUCCGUGGACACCAGUCACUGGGAGGAUGCCAUGCGUGCCUAUCAGCGUCUGGGCGAGCUGAAGCAACACUAUCUGGACGAGGAGGUGCUCACGAGGAUCGUCUACGGCAUUGCCCGCCAGAUGCAGUCGGAUUCCACAUCCCAAGCUGCCUCCAGUUCGCUGCAACGUCGCAUCGCUCAGUUGCUGGGCCAACAAUGCGUUCAGCAUGGCAACGAGCCGAUGGUCUGGGAAUUGUCCGCCCUGGUGGCCUUGACGCCACUCAAGAAAGCGGAGCGUCUGGUCAAAUCCUAUCGUGCGUACACGGCCAAACAGAUGGGCUGGGAAACCAAGUCGGCACAUGCCAAGAAGGCGCUGAGUCUCUGCCUGGAGGUGGCCGAGUUGUCCCAGGCUGCAAUCAAGGAGCACGCGACGGAUGAGAGUGAGGCGAUGAUCACCUCACAGCUCAACUCGAGUCGACUAGCGGCCACCUCCUGCCUGAAUGCUCUGAAACGUGCCAGCCUGGUGGAGGUGCCCAAGGAGCAGCAGACGCAAAUGGAUGAGCUGGAGCAGCAGCUGACGGAGCUCACCAAGAUUGUGCAGCAGCGCAUGCAGAAGACGUAGUGGCGACACCUGGAUUCCCUUUGUACAUACAUAUAUUUGUACUAAUGUAUUUAAUAGUAAUAAUAAAGCUAGGCUUAUAGCGUA